GAUGAAACGGCUGACGUCACGGAGGAGGAGGAGCUAAAACAUCCGAGGAGAAGUCUUCCGUGGCGGUUAAUGAAGCACUGUAACAAAGACACACAAAAAAGGGAAUAUCGCCAGGCACCUGCUGAUUUGUGGUGAUGACAAUGUGAUACAGCAAAGUCGUGUCCUCAACAGAGAGAGAUGCUGACCUCAUCUCACCAGUGACCAGAGUUUGCCGUCCCCAUACCAGCCGAGACAGGACAGCAGGACGCAGAUCACACCGGUCAUGGCUGGCAGACAGCAGAGACCUGCAGCUGCUUCAGACAGCUCAGCAGAGACCAAAAGGACGGACCUCAGGGCCAAUGAGAAGAAGUGCUCAUGGGCCUCCUACAUGACCAAUUCUCCAACUGUGAUAGUGAUGAUUGGGUUGCCCGCCAGGGGGAAAACCUACAUGUCCAAGAAGCUAACACGCUACCUCAACUGGAUUGGAGUGCCAACUAAGGUAUUCAACCUUGGAGUUUAUAGGAGAGAAGCAGUGAAGUCAUACAAGUCCUAUGACUUCUUCAGACAUGACAAUAAAGAAGCAAUGGAAAUUAGAAAACAGUGUGCCUUGGUGGCACUGGAGGAUGUCAAGGCCUAUCUGAAUGAGGAGGGAGGCCAAAUCGCUGUUUUUGAUGCCACCAACACCACCAGAGAGAGGAGGGAACUCAUCCUUAAUUUUGCAAAGGAUAAUGCAUACAAGGUGUUUUUUGUUGAGUCAGUAUGUGACGAUCCAGAUGUCAUCGCAACAAAUAUCAUGGAUGUGAAAGUGUCCAGCCCAGAUUACCCUGAGAGGGACAGAGAAAGUGUCAUGGAGGAUUUUCUAAAGAGAAUAGAGUGUUACAAAGUGACCUACCAACCUCUGGAUCCGGACGAACACGACAAGAACCUGUCCUUCAUCCAGGUCAUCAAUGUCGGCCGUCGUUUCCUGGUCAACAGGGUGCAGGACUACAUCCAAAGUAAAAUCGUGUACUACCUCAUGAACAUCCACGUACACUCCCACUCCAUCUACCUCUGUCGGCAUGGAGAGAGCCAACACAAUGAGGAGGGACGCAUCGGGGGAGACUCUGAGCUGUCAAAGAGAGGGAGACAGUUUGCAGCAGAACUGAAGGGUUUUGUGGAAGAACACCGUCUGUCAGACCUGAAAGUUUGGACCAGCCAGCUGAGACGCACCAUUCAGACUGCAGAGGAGCUGGGAGUUCCCUACGAGCAGUGGAAGAUCUUAAAUGAAAUAGACGCUGGAGUGUGUGAAGAUAUGACCUAUAAGAUGAUUGAGGAAACAUACCCAGAGGAAUUUGCCAUGAGGGACCAGGACAAGUACCAUUAUCGCUACCCUGGAGGAGAGUCCUACCAGGACCUGGUUCAGCGUCUGGAGCCAGUUAUCAUGGAGCUGGAGCGACAGGGCAACGUGUUGGUCAUCUGUCAUCAGGCCGUCAUGCGCUGUUUGCUCGCCUAUUUCCUGGACAAGAGCGCAGAUGAUCUACCUUACUUGAAGUGUCCCCUGCACACUGUCCUAAAAUUGACCCCUGUGGCUUAUGGUUGUAAAGUGGACAUGUUUGACUUGAAGGUCGAGGCUGUCAACACUCACAGAGACAGGCCAUUAAAUAAAGUCAGAACAGAUGCUGUGCCGCCAGGUUUCCACCGACGAAACAGCUUCACUCCGCUGUCCAGCCAAGACCAGAUUAAACGACCUCGCCUUUACAGCGUGGGCAACCCUCCACAGACACGCAUGUCCCAGGCCCCAACUUUACCCAACAUGCUGUUUUCUGAGGCGUCUGAAGGGGCAGAGGACUCUCUAAAUGGUUUCGGUGCAGCAGACUCAGACGACUGAUCUGACCGUUAAAGAGGCAUUUCUCCACAUGGAUGUAUCGCCAGUUCUGAGGACCAACGGUGAAAUCCCAACCAGCUUCAGCCAUUACAUUCUUAUGCACUGUAUUACGCACCAUAUCUGUGUAACCUUCAGUUUUUGUUGGAUAGGUUAUGUGUGUGUGUUAGUGCUAGUUUAGACAUACAUACAUGAACUCAAUGCCUUUGCACAGUAGCCUUCAAACUUAGGCUACAAUCCACCUCAGAUAAAUAAAGUAAUCUCUUAGCACACUCCACAUAAUGUAGUCUACAGUCAUAAUAUGCUGUAUUAGAUGUAGAACAUGUUGAUUGUACAUUUUAUACCUCAUUGUAUGCUAUUGCCUUCCAUUUAGUGUUGAGGAAAGCCAUGCACAGUCUUAGUUUUUCCUCAGAUUCUCUCUUAAAGUUACCUGUUUAAACUUUCCAGGUAAUGUCCAUCCUUCCUCGGGUGGUCUGACAAGAUGUAGAAAUAAUUUUAUUUUGAAGGGUAAUUUAAAGCAGUGGUGCCCAACCUGGGGGUCAGGACUCCCGCUAGGGGUCGCCAAAGCUUCACAAAAGGUCCCAAGACCUUCUUGAUUUUAAGGUGUGUGAGAAAACCUAAAAAAUAUACACAGUAUGAACAUAGUAGGCCUAUAUCUACUAUAUCUAUCUAUAAAAUAAGCCUAAUAAUCUGUAUAGUUGUUAAAAAAUACAUAAUACAGACAGAGAAUUGUAUAAAAAGUUCCCUAAACAGGAAAUAAUCUGCUCAAAAUUCAUCGGAAUCACUCAUUUUACACAAACUUCUUGCAGUUACUGAGUUCACUAUUGUAUAAUAAUAGUACAGUUUUGAAUAUAAUAUGAAAUAUCCAUAAAAUAUGUCACUUUGUCAGGGGUCGUCAGUGUACUAAAGGAUAGAAAAGGGGUCCCUUUAGGAAAGGUUGGGAACCACUGAUUUAAAGCAUAUUAAAUUGCAGCUUAGCUUCCAGUGGGCAGACACAAGCUGUAAAAACAAAUGAAAUGUGUUGUCUAGCCCUAUAAAAAGUGCAGCAACUACUGUGCUUUUUCUACUGUGACAUUCAGAGGUGUGGAAACGAAUCACAAAUUUGAUGACUUUAGACUGGACUGUAAAAAAAACAACUUUCAACUCAACUUGGACUUUCUUAAUACUUUCCUUAGUAUGUUAUUUAAAAAGAGUGCCAUGAAUCAAUUCAUAUUUAUUCCUCUGUGAAGUAGGUGGCUAACUCUAGAACUAUUUUCUAGAACCUGACCAUUGUUUUUUUUAAAGAUUUCUCUUUUUAUUUCAUGUGGACACAAAACAUGAAACAACCAAGGGUGAGUUGGUUUGAUGAGUAUUGUUUUGAAGGUCGUAGCCAUGUCGGUUUACCAGAGCCAGUGGUGGUGACAUACUCAUUGACCAUAAACCAUAAACUCCUUAGGAAACUGUUACUGAGCUAACAAAUCAACUGAGAAGUUGGGUCAUUUCUCCUCAAGGCUCAAUACUAUUGUAGUUCUUUUUUGCAAUCCACAGAGCUGCCCCCUGUUGGCUGUUAGAAAGAUUCAAUAUUCCUUUAUUGUUCCAUCUCAUUAUACAUGUAUAAGAGAGUAAAAUUCUUAGGUUUAAGACACUCAAAUGAUCUGCAUUAGCUCCAUUUCACAGACCUGCUAGCUCUGUCCCUUUUUAAUUAAAUACUCUCAGUAGUAACAUUGAACAAACACAAUAUUGCUUGAAGGAAGAAUAGUCCCAAUACCAGUUUUAAUAAGCAUUCCAUAUUUGUGUGAAUUUAAUAUAUUAGUACUCUUCUUUCGGUGAAGAGCACAUUAUGACUUGAUUGGGACUCGAAACUUGAAGUUUAGGACUCGAAACUCUUAAGUCUAACUCUAAGGACUCUGGAUUUGAGUGCAAAGACUUAAGACUUUAUCUUGUGACUUGCAAAACAAUGACCUGGACCCACCUCUGGAUAUUUAUUCCCUUCUUCUGUUCAACGAUGCCUACCUGUAUGUUUUGCCUUCUACUCAAACAGCAGCUUUUAAUAUAUUCAGCCGCCUGUGAUAAUGUAAAGCUGAACUUAUUUGAUCUCCAGAAAAUGUAUGCAAAUCUCUCAAUGCAUUUUAAUUUCUUCAUAAGGAAAACCAAAUCAGUCAUGUACCUCUGAUACAAUAAAGAUACUGUAUGUAUAAGUACUGCCUUCAUAGUAACCAUAUGGAUAAUAUCCAGUCACAUGACUUUGUAUGAUUUUAAUGUCAGGAAUAAAUCAAUUGUUGGUAAAAGUGCCUUUAUUUAAAGGACUAUAAGGCUGUGACAAUAGUAAUGAAGAGUUUUAAAUAUUUUCGCAUAUACACAUGAUAUGCUAAUGUGGGUUUCACUUUAAUCAAAGGAUUGGCAAUAAAUUUGGAUGUCUUAAAAAGAGCUUUAAUGUUAUUGCACACUGUGCUGUAUAUGUUUCAUUAAAUAAAGUUAAUUUUAAGCAGUUUUUA